GUGAAAACCUUGGGGUUAACAGCUAAAUCAAAUCAGUCCCCAACCCUUAAAUCUUCUCAUUUUUUUAAUGAUCCAAAUGCAACAAAUUCCAAAUCUUGCUCAUUUUGUAGUUUAUUUCAUCUUGUUUUCGCGCGUACCGGUGGCUAAGUUGAAGGAUUACGUGAUGGAAGAGGAGGUGGAGAAGGAAGCUGGUCGAACCGACGCACCAGAAGCUCCCCCUGAACCAGAGAAUGGAGCUCAGGAGAAGAUCGUCAUAUCUGCUCCCAACAAGAAGGUGGCUUUUGUGGCUGAUGAUGAGAUCACUGAUGCUGUUGAGAAGGGCUCAGGAGAUCAAACAGAGGGAGAUGGUGUACUUGCCCAAGUGGAAACAGAGAAGAGGCUGGCUUUGAUAAGAGCUUGGGAAGAGAGUGAGAAAUCCAAAGCUGAGAGCAGGGCAUACAAAAAACUAACCAUCACUGGGUCCUGGGAAAACACCCAGAUAGCUUCUGUUGAGGCUCGGAUAAAGGAAAUUGAGGAGGAGACAGAAAAGAAGAAGGCCGAGCAGGCGGAGAAAAUCAGGAACAGAUUAGUUGAAAUUCACAAGGAAGCCGAAGUAAAGAAGGCGACGAUCGAAGUGAAACGAGGCGAAGACAUCAUCAAGGUACAAGAGGCGGCUGCCAAGUUCCGUGCCACAGGCUAUGUACCGAGGAAGCUCCUCAGAUGCUUCGGCAGCUGAGUUUCCUCGGCCAAAACCGAUUCAAGGAGGAUGAAUUUUGAAAAUACAAGCAUGCUUACGUUUGACUUUGGUGAUCCGAUGCUUUUCAAGGACUCUCUGCUUGUACAGUUAAAAAAUGUGUGUACAAUUUUGCUUGAACAGGUUUGAAGAUUUGUAAUACAUGCUUUUGAGAUCUUGUAUCACAUGAUAUAUAUAAGGGGUCGAGAAUAGGAUCAUAGGUUUUGACA